AUGAACUAAUUUGCCAAUUAUUUAGAAUAUUACACUCAAAGAGACCUCCCAUUCAGUUAGAGAUCUCCGAAGGUCAAAGAUGCAAAGAAGGAAUGGAAUUUCAGUCCUUAAUUUAGUCCUCAUCGAUCUAGAUACAACAUAAAUGACACAUAAUUAGAUAAUGAACCUUAAAUCUCAAGGCUAGCUAUGAAUAGCAAGAUAAAACAGAGAAACAAAAUAGAGGAUAAGGAAAAUUUAAUAAAUCGAUAAAAUGUUGUGUUAAACUAGUAGAUCAAAAAGUGUUAAAAAAUAAUGAGUCCUCGAAAAGAAAAGAAGAAUUCAAUAGAUACUUCGUAUUUAUUACCAAUAGAUCAAAUCUUGACUAUUAGUAUAUAGUCAUCUACAGAUGAGAAUAUUGUGUAGAUUGAUUCUGUGAAAAAAUAAUCAGAUAAUACAAUAAACAAUUACUAAGUUCAAGAAUUCGAUAAUGAUUCUUAUUUCAAUGAAAGUAUGCGUAAAUCGUUUAAAAAGAUCAAAAUUUAAGAUGAUUAUUCAAGAGAUUACAAUAAAUAAUUAAGGCUAGAGGAUGAUUUCGAAUAAAUUAAUAGUUUUAGAUAACAUAUCCAAACGCCAAGAUAAUAAUAGAUGAAGAACAUCAGUUUUGUAAUGUAUAAGAAACAAGUGGAGGGAAGAUUUUGA